UCCGGCAGUAUUGGAAGGGCAUUUGUUUAAGAACGUGGUAAAAAGGUGUAGUUUAUAUUUUUAAUAGCUUUAGUAGUGUUUUUGAAAUAACAAACAAAUAUGAGGCUCAGCACUUAUAACUUCUUAACAUCUAAAGCCAUAAAAGGUGUAAAAGUUGGCUUUCCACUUAAAUUAACUAUAGCUAAACAGGACGUUGUUGAAGCAGAGUUUAAUCCAACAUUUAUAGAGCGUCUACUGCCUAGACUUGACUGGUCAGGUAUACGCUUAGCCGCUGAAGUGGCUGGGCUCAAUGAUGACAUUCCUGCCGAACUACCCGCAAAUGUCGCUGAAAAUGAGGAGUUAUUAAAAAAACUGCACCAUUUGUUGUUGGAGAUUGAUGUCCUUGAAGGGCAGCUGGAAUGCCCUGAAACGGGUCGUGUUUUUCCAAUAACCGAUGGCAUACCGAAUAUGCUGCUGAAUGAGGAUGAGGUUUAAGACGUGCUACUAUUUUUUAUCUUGUACAUAUUUAGUUAUUUUUAAUACUUAUUGCUAAAUCAAAACAUCUAUGGUUUGUUAAUAAUUUUCAUAGUGACAAAAUGAAGUAAAUUUAAUUGACACAAAUAGACUUAAUUCUAAAACCAAAAAAUAUUACUGGUUUACACUUGAUGUUUUUGACAUGGAAGCAGCCUUAAGUGAAUGUGAUGAAGUAGGUAGAAUGAUGAUUGAAACUCUCGCUACUCAUGUAGUAGCGAGUAAAAUAAUCUUCGGUUUCAACGUUACCGAAAUUGACCCAAAUUAAAAAUAAGUAAAAUGCCAUUCCCACGACAGUUGGGUCUACGUAACCGAAAUGGAACUUUUAUCCGGCCAAGGACUGUCAACACGUAAGAAUUCUGCCGCUACAUCAACAACAAUAAAAUAAGUAAAACAUCAAAGCAGUUUAGCUCUUUAUUAAAAAUACAGCUUUAUUCGAAAAAAUAUACGUAUUCUGAAUUAUGUUCUGUAUAAGUACACACUAUCGGUUCCAAGAGCUACAAGCUUUGAUAAACUUACGACACAACACUGAUUACAUGUAUAACGCACAAUUUUUUU